AUGUCUGGCAAUUAUAUUGUGUCGAAGGAUGCCCUCCGAAAACUCUGGAGGUUGGCUUAUCCUGAUCGAGAACUCCCAUCUCUUAAGUCGGAGCUUUGGAAGGAGAUGGGUUGGCAAGGCAGGCCAACUUCAUUGGCAGGGGUUCGCUUUCUAGAGCUGCUUGGAGUGGAUGAAAUGGCAUUCGAUAACCUCUACUGUGUGGCAUUUCAGAUGAUGGAUGCUCAAUGGCUUGCGAAGCGUGCUUCUUAUAUGGAAUUCAAUGAGGUUUUGAAAUCGACACGAACGCAGCUGGAGCGUGAGCUAGCAUUGGAAGACGUCUCCAGCAUUAAGGAUUUGCCGGCUUACAAUCUUUUGAACCAAUAG